AUGGGGAGCAGCCAGGGCCACAUCCGGGGCAACAUGGUGCCCCUCAGGCGGCUCAGCCCCAAUCCCCCGCCAGUGUCAGGGAGGAGGGAGGCACAGAGGCAUCUGUUCCAGGGCCAGGACUUCCUCCUGCUCCGGGCUCUGUCCUGGGUCCUCUGUCCCGCCAGGGCCCAGGAGCCUCCCUCGCCCGGGGCAGGGAGCCCUGCAGCCCUGUGGCAUCUCACUCCCUCCCCCAUCUCCCCGCAGAGCUCCUACCCCAUCUGGGAGGACUUCAACUCCAAGGCCACCAAGCUGCACUCCCAGCUAAGGACCACUGUGCUGGCUGCUGUGGCCUUCCUGGACGCCUUCCAGAAAGUGGCCGAUAUGGCCACCAACACCCGAGGACCGGCAGGGCUGUGGGAUGCUGGGGACAGGUUGGGCCGGACGCGGCCUGGCCUUCGCGGGGCCAGCGCGCCCCCUCGUGGCCGAGGCCGGGAGUGCAGCGGUCCCGAUGGGCCCUUUCCCGUGCCACGCGCUUGCCUCGCCAAGCUGCGGCAGUUCACCAACGCCCUGCUGGAGAGCCUCAUCAACCCGCUGCAGGAGCGCAUCGAGGACUGGAAGAAGUCGGUCAACCAGCUGGACAAGGACCACGCGAAAGAGUACAAACGGGCCCGGCAUGAGAUCAAGAAGAAGUCGUCAGACACGCUGAAGCUGCAGAAGAAAGCGCGCAAAGAGCUACUUGGGAAAGGCGACCUGCAGCCCCAGCUGGACAGCGCCCUGCAGGACGUCAACGACAUGUACCUGCUGCUGGAGGAGACGGAGAAGCAGGCGGUGCGCCGGGCCCUGAUCGAGGAGCGCGGCCGCUUCUGCACCUUCAUCACCUUCCUGCAGCCUGUGGUGAACGGCGAGCUGACCAUGCUGGGAGAGAUCACCCACCUGCAGGGCAUCAUCGACGACCUGGUGGUGCUGACCGCAGAGCCCCACAAGCUGCCCCCUGCCAGCGAGCAGGUGAUCAAAGACCUGAAGGGCUCGGACUACAGCUGGUCCUACCAGACCCCCCCCUCGUCGCCCGGCAGCUCCAGCUCCCGCAAGUCCAGCAUGUGCAGCGCCCCCAGCAGCAGUGGCAGUGCCAAGGGUGGCGGAGCCCCGUGGCCUGGGGGUGCCCAAACAUACUCACCCAGUUCCACCUGUCGCUACCGCAGCCUGGCGCAGCCAGCCACCGCCACCGCCCGUCUCUCCAGCAUCUCCUCCCACGACUCUGGCUUCGUCUCCCAGGAUGCCGCCUACUCCAAGCCUCCCUCACCCAUGCCUUCAGACAUCACCAGCCAGAAGUCCUCCAGCUCCGCGUCCUCCGAGGCCUCGGAGACCUGCCAGUCCGUGAGCGAGUGCGGCUCCCCCACCUCGGUCAGUGCUCCCCACCUGCUCCCGGGCUGGGAGGGCCCUGGUCCACCCAGCGGUGGCUCAGCCUGCAGUCUUACCUCCCAGCACGGUGAGGAGGUGUCCCCGGCGGCCAGCGACCUGGCCAUGGUGCUGACCCGCGGCCUGAGCCUGGAGCACCAGAAGAGCAGCCGGGACUCGCUGCAGUACUCCAGUGGCUACAGCACGCAGACCACCACGCCCUCUUGCUCGGAGGACACCAUCCCCUCCCAAGGCUCCGACUACGACUGCUACUCGGUGAACGGGGACGCCGACGGCGAGGGCCCGCCCUGCCUCCCCAUCUCCGUGAGCCCCACGCGGCUCCCCGCCCGUGGCCUGGGCUGGGCUGGCAGUGCCACAGCCGAGCUGACCUGGCCAGCAGUGCCUCCGGCCUUUCAGAACUGA